AUGCCGUCGAUGAUGGGAAUCGAGUUCGCCCCGCUCAACAUCCCACUGGAACGACGUCUUCAAACAGUUGGGGCACUGCAUUUCUUUUUCUUUUCGCUUCUGACGCCGGCCGUUUCUUUGAUUCUACCUUUUUAUUUGGUGAGACAGUUUUCAAGACUUAUUUUAAAUGAUUCUAUUUUUUGAAAUUUACGCGUUUAUUCUCCGAUCUUUGAACAAAAAUUAGUUAUGUUUAUGUCAGCUCCUGCAUCUCAACCAGAAACGUUUUUAUUGCCGCACUCAGCAAAAAAUUUGAGAUAACGAAUCGUGAUAAAAAUAGAGAUUUUUGAGCAGUAAAACUUCCAAGAAUCUAUUUUCAAGUUCUUUUUUUUUCAGUUAACUACGAUAGUAUGGCCCCUUAUGGUAGCUUACUUGAUAUGGAUGUACUACGACUGGAAUUCGCCACAAAACGGCGCCUACAGAUCUGAAUGGUGGCUUCGCCAAAGAAUUCACAAAUGGUACGCCGACUAUUUCCCGGUCAAGCUUCACACAACCGCUGAUUUUGAUCCAGAACAGGUGAGAUGAACUAUAAGAGAGGAGUGAACAGUGAAAAAAGUUCAGAACUAUCUUAUUGGAUAUCAUCCUCAUGGCAUCAUUUCUAUGGCCGCUUUCAUCAACUUUGCCACCAACGGCACGGGAAUUUUGGAAAAGUUCCCUUCGAUUCGGUUCCACUUGUGUACGCUGGUUAGAAUAAAUUAUAGAAACGCUAUUUCUCAAAUAAAUUUUUCAGGUUGGCCAGUUCUGGACGCCUUUCCGACGAGAAUGGGGACUUCUUCACGGCAUGAUUGACUGCAGUCGGAAAAGCAUUCUCAAUAUUAUCAACACUGAGAAAAAGGUUGGAAAUAAGAAAAAAAAAAGUUCAAGUUAUAGAUACCAUUCGCCCCUUUUUUUAUAUGGGUGACCUAAAUUUUUUUUCCAACCCAAAUUUCAAUAACUCUUCAGGGAGCCGCCUGCGUUUUGGUCGUCGGAGGAGCAGAAGAAGCUUUGGACGCUCAUCCAGGCCACCAUAUUCUGACGCUAAACAGAAGAAAAGGCUUCAUCCGACUAGCCUUGGUCUCUGGCGCUCAGCUCGUCCCAUGCUACUCUUUCGGCGAAAACGACAUUUACCACCAGGUACCAACGGUUUUUCGAUUUUGAUCAAAUCAAAAUAUUUUCAGGCCGACAACCCGAAAGGAUCCAACAUUCGCAAGAUCCAGACGUAUAUGAAAAAAGUCUUGGGAUUCUCGCCGCCGGCUUUCCAUGGCAGAGGCGUGUUCAACUACAACGUCGGCAUGUUGCCGUUCAGGUUGGAAGUAUCAUUUCUUAAGAUUCUAAACUCAUAGUGCACUACAGUGAGAGGAGACUUGUAAGAGAAAAAUUUUCAAAGAAAUGCAGAAAAAACGCAAACGAAACAGAGAAAGAAACAAUCAAGAAAUAGAGCUCAUUUUGAAGUUUUAUUUUAUUGAAGGUGAUUUUCAGAAGGUCCCCUGGUCUAGUGGUGGCUCUCAUCUCCUAGUCCGAACUUGAAAGACCGAACAAAAAUGCUUGAAAAUUGCAGAAAGCCCAUCAACACCGUGCUAGGAGCCCCGAUUCGGGUUGAAAAAUGCGAAAAUCCGACGAUGGAGCAGAUCGACGAGCUCCACGCGACCUACGUCACUCGGCUCCGCGAGCUUUUCGACGAGUACAAGGGAAAAUUCGGCGUUUCUGCCUCCACACAACUCGUCAUCAACUGA